CAAGAACACAAGAACUUCACAUCAGCCACCGUAGCUCAGUCAACAACUUAUAUUCUCACUGCAGGUCAAAGUUCAGUCUUACAGACGCAGGAACAUCCAGAAGAAUCAUGGGUGAAAAAACACAACAAACAGACACUUAUGAGCAAACAGAAUCCAAAUCAGCAGGUUUCUGUUCUAAACUCCAGCGGUGCCCAAAACCACACGGUUUUACUGCCUCAGUCAUUACAAAAGGUGUGUUGCGGCUGCUGUUGUUCGGGGUGGUGUGGGCUGUAACGGGUCCAGCAUGUUUUCCGGGUCAGAAUCUCUUUGGGUUGGUGGUUCUGUUCCUGUCUGCUGUGUGUGGAGGAGAACUCAUCAGUGUGUUCAGACGAAACAACACACCUGCAAUACCUCCACUACUGGGUAUGCUGCUGGCAGGUGUUGUGUUGCGGAAUGUUCCAUACAUCACAGACAGUGUGUUUAUCGAUCAGAAAUGGUCUUCAGCUCUUAGAAACAUCGCACUCGCUGUGAUCCUGACCAGAGCUGGACUGGGACUCAAUGCUGCUGCCCUGCGGCGUUUGAAGUCAGUGUGUGUGAGGGUUGCUGUGGGACCGUGUAUUGUGGAGGCAUGUACAGUGGCUUUAGUGGGUCAUUUUCUGCUGGACUUUCCCUGGAUAUGGGCCUUCAUGCUUGGUUUUGUUUUAGCAGCUGUCUCCCCAGCUGUAGUCGUUCCGUCGAUGUUGUUGCUUCAGUCUGAUGGUUUCGGCGUUCAGAAAGGAAUUCCCACACUGCUCAUGGCCGCCGGGAGUUUUGAUGAUAUUCUGGCAAUCACUGGAUUCACCACCUGCCUGGGCAUGGCCUUCGGGACAGGCUCGACGUGGAUGAAUGUUGUUAAAGGAGUUCUGGAGGUGUUGACAGGAGUUCUUGCAGGAGCCGCUGGAGGAGUUCUGAUGCACUUCAUCCCCAGUGAGGAGCAGUCAGAUGUGGUGCUGCAGCGUGUGUGUGUGCUGUUGGGUCUGUGUGUGUUCAGUGUGUUCGGGGGUCAUGCCGCUGGUCUUGGGGGGGCUGGUGGUCUCUGUACACUCGUCAUGUCCUUCAUUGCUGGACUCAGCUGGUCUGAACAGAAGGCUCCAGUGGCUGCAGUGGUGGGCAGGAUUUGGAAUGUGUUUCAGCCGCUCUUGUUUGGUUUGAUCGGAGCAGAAAUCAGCAUUUCGUCUCUCAGUGUUUAUACUGUUGGUUUGGGUGUGGCGACUCUGUGUGUCGGGUUGUUGGUUCGAGUGUUGGUGACGUUCACUGUUGUUCUGUAUGCUGGUUUUAAUCUGAAGGAGAAGAUCUUUAUAUCUCUGGCUUGGAUGCCUAAAGCCACAGUACAAGCGGCUCUAGGCUCGACAGCUUUGGAUAUGGCUCGUAGCGCUGGAGACAAGCAGAUGCAGUAUUAUGGGAUGGAUGUGUUGACAGUGGCGGUUCUGGCGAUUCUAAUCACGGCACCGAUUGGAGCGCUCGCUAUCAGCCUCACUGGACCCAAACUACUGCAGCAACACACACCCAUACAACACACACAGGAUCAGUCUGAGUGUGUGAGCACUCCUGAUGUUGAUGGUCUGGUGUCCAAACUCUGAAACACAAACAUCUCAGCAUUGACUCUAAAAUACAGCUUACACACAUAUUCACAUAUUUUUAAAACUUGUCUGAAUGAGCUGACUAGAUGUUUAGUACAAUAAACUAUUAUAAUCUUUGUGUGUGUGUGUGUGAGAGAGAGAGAGUGUGUGUGUGUGUUUGCGUGUGUUUGUGUGUGUGUGAGUGUGUUUGUGUGUGUGUGUGUUUGUGUGUGUGUGAGUGUGUGAGUGUGUUUGCAUGUGUGUGUGUGAGAGAGUGUGUUUGCGUGUGUUUGUGUGUGUGUGUGUGUUUGUGUGUGUGUGUGUUUGUGUGUGUGUGAGUGUGUGAGUGUGUUUGUGUGUGUGUGAGUGUGUGUGUGUGAGUGUGUGAGUGUGUUUGCAUGUGUGUGAGUGUGUUUGCGUGUGUGUGUGUUUGUGUGUGUGUAUGUGUGUAUGUGUGUGUGAGUGUGUUUGUGUAUGUGUGUGUGUGUGUGAGUGUGUGUGUUAGUGUGUGUGUGUGUGUGUGUGUGUGAGUGUGUUUGUGUAUGUGUGUGUAUGUGUGUGUGAGUGUGUUUUCGUUUGUGUGUGAGUGUGUGUGUGUGUGUGUGUUUGCAUGUGUGAGUGUGUGUGUGUGUGUGUGUGUGUGAGUGUGUUUGUGUAUGUGUGUGUGUGUGUUUGCAUGUGUGUGAGUGUGAGUGUGUUUGCGUGUGUGAGUGUGUGUGUGUGUGUGUGUGUGUGUGUGAGUGUGUUUGUGUAUGUGUGUGUGUGUGUUUUCGUUUGUGUGUGAGUGUGUGUGUGUGUGUGAGUGUGUUUGUGUAUGCGUGUGUGUGUGUGUGUGUGUCGUUCUGUGAGAAAAAAGAACAGUAAAAUCAUGAAUUAGUAAAAUAAUUCGUGUUUCUGGAGAACAAAAAUACAAUGUUGAAUCUUCACAUUUAGAUUAAACUUCCCGAAAGUCACUUAAACACUGUAGUUGCAGGAGGAGCAAAAAUAAAUCAAAUGUAAUAAACUAUGAUUUGUUUGGUGAAUACUGAAAAACUGUUAAACAUACAGUUGCAAUCGAAAUUAUUCAACCCCCUCAAGACAGUAAGGAUUUAUAAAGGUAAGCUUUUCUGAUGACCCAGAAUUUUUCAACUUUACAUCUAUAUCAGUUGAGUGACACAUUCAGAGUCAUAGUGUGAAUAUAUAACCUAAUAUUUCUAAAUAGCAGGAUUUUAUUUUAAAUACACCAUGUCAUAAUUAUUCAACCCCUAUUGCAUGUAGCUAUUUCUUAAAUAUGUAAGGCUACACAAGUAUUGUUUUAAAACUAAAUUAAGUCAUCAAU